AUGGAUCCUGAAUGCACAAAAUACAAAGAAUAUUUUGAAACUAGGCGUCCAUUAGGAAGAUAUAUUUUAAAAAUUUUGCCAUAUGCACAGAAAAAUGAUUUUUCCGCAAUUUAUGGAAAAGAUAACAAAUGUAACACAAACAAUAUCCUCACUAAAUUGAUAAACAACAACCUUAAGUUUACCGAAGAAGACUCUGAAGAAGACUCUGAAGAAACUUUAUCUGGAGUGAGCUUUCUAGAAGCAGUCUAUAACAUCAAAACAGAACUACUAAAUUACGAAUUAACACACAACCCGUUUUCUUAUUUGAAACUCCAGUGGGAUUAUGGUAUUAACAAAUUGAAGAAUUCAUCCCCUUAUGCUAUGCCAUCCAUUCUUUCUGUAGCGGGAGUAUCUGCGGCAUCCAUGUUUUUUUAUUGA